CAACGAACCAUGGCAGCUAUGGUAGCCCUUUGCAGUGGGCUAGGAAGGAAAGCGUUAACGCACUUCGUAACGGCUGCUGUCUGCCUCACAGAUUCUGGGGCUCAUGCAGUGCUGUGGAGAAGUUAUUCACAAUAUAAACAGGUAACCAGCAAUGAGGACCUGCCUGUUCCAAUGGAAAAUCCUUAUAAGGAGCCUCUGAAAAAAUGUAUCUUGUGUGGAAAACGUGUAGAUUAUAAGAAUGUACAGCUUUUAUCCCAGUUUAUUUCUCCAUUUACUGGAUGCAUUUAUGGAAGGCACAUAACAGGUCUUUGUGGGAAGAAACAAAAAGAAAUCACAAAAGCAAUUAAGAGAGCUCAAAUAAUGGGGUUUAUGCCUGUUACAUACAAGGAUCCUGCAUAUCUCAAAGACCCUAAAGUUUGUAACAUCAAAUACAGGGAGUAAAUUCUAUAAAGUUAUCAUCAAUAAAUUUAUUUUACA